CAGCAUUAAUAAUUAUUUUCAGGUAAUUCGAAUUGCGAGAGCCGUUGCGUCCGUGUUACGCCAACGUGCUACAACGCAACCCUUCGGUAAUCGGCUCCCUUUUCCCGCUCGGCGCCGCCCUUAGAGCUUGCCCGCUCGGUUCUUCUCUCUCCUUGGAGUUUCUCUCCUGCUCCUCAGACGAAACCCUAGAUUUCAGCUUGUUGAUCGUCGCCUGACUAGACAGACUAUUGAGGGUUCAUGGGGUCCUUUUUCUCCUCCGGAACAUCAGCCGAAGAAGAGCGCUGCAACGGGAUUCCGGUGAUCCUCAACGUCUACGAUCUCACCCCGUUGAACAAUUACUUGUACUGGUUCGGUCUAGGCAUCUUUCACUCCGGUAUUGAAGUUCACGGCUUAGAGUAUGGAUUCGGAGCUCUUGACUUACCAACAAGUGGUGUCUUUGAGACUGAACCCAGGAACUGUCCUGGUUUUGUAUACAGAGGCUCCAUUCUAUUAGGUUAUAUUAACACGUCACCCUUCGAUCUUAGAACAUUCAUGGAAUCCAUGGCUGCAGAAUACUAUGGGGAUACUUAUCACCUAAUCUCAAAAAACUGCAACCACUUUACCGACGAUUUAUGUUUCAGGUUGACAGGGCAGCAAAUUCCAGGAUGGAUCAACCGGCUUGCAAGAUUAGGUGCUAUUUGUAAUUGUCUUCUACCUGAAAGUCUGCGUCUGACCUCGCUUGAACAUGUACCGGAGUACCAUGUUUUCUCAUCAGAAGAUGGCUCAGAAUCUAUUCCCUUUAUCACCUCGCAUGAGCCAUUGGACGGCGAUGAUACGGAUAUCGAUAAGCAUCUUCUUUGA